UGCAGUGGCCUGCUUUCCCCGCCGUUCCCAUCAGUCGGGAAGCCGGAUUGUGGGCUGGGGGGAGCAGCAACCUCUCUUCUGGCACCUGCGAGUCCUGCUCCUACACUGGAGCCCCCUUAAAAUCAGCAAAGCUCUAGAAGACUGUGUCCUCAUGGGUGAACAGAGCCAGAUUUCACAUUGAGCAGCUGCAGACGGAGAAAUCAGAGAAAGCACAACCCAGCCCCAGAUUCCAAGGGGCCUGCUGGGGACUCUCUCCUCUGCUCUAGAGGGAAAGACCCCGAGGCCGCUGUCUCAGGCCAGGUCCUGGCUGCCAUGGGACUCGCAGCUGCCGCCCCCCCGCUGCCCUCCACACUGCCAGGCAGAUAAGGGCAGGCGCUGCCCCAGGAGUACCUGCCGCCCCCUGCCGGGCUGCUCCUCUGUGGUCAACCCUUUCCCGGCGUUGGGCCACCUUUGCUGACCCGAGGCCAUGUAGGCCCCACCUGGGCCUUUGUGGAUAGACACACUGCUGGGGACACCGCUUCUGCUCUCUGGGGGACACAGCGCACCACCAUGCCCCGGGAAUUCGCCUGGCUGCACUAUCUCGGGAUCCUCCUUGGUAUGGUCUUGGGGAACGAGGGUUUGGAGAUGUGGCCCUUGACCCAGAGGGAGGAGUGUGCAGUCACCGGCUUUCUUCGGGACAAGCUGCAGUACAGGAACCGCCUUCAGUACAUGAAACACUACUUCCCCAUCAACUACAGGGUCAGCGUGCCUUAUGAGGGGGUGCUCAGAAUGGCCAACAUCACCAGGCUGCAGAAGGCUCGGGUCAGCCAGCAGGAGCUGCGGUAUCUGUGGGUCUGGGUGAGCCUCACUGCUACUGAGUCGGUGCAGGAAGUGUUGCUCGAGGGCCACCCAUCCUGGAAGUUCCUGGAGGAGGUACAUACACUGCUGUUGGAUGUCCAGCAAGGCCUCAUGGACACGGAGGUCAGCCCCAAGGUGGAAGACACGGUGUUGCGCCUAAGCGCCCCCAGGCUGAGCCGGAAGCUGGUGCGGCCCAAAGCCCUGCUGGACAACUGCUUCCGGGUCAUGGAACUGCUGUACUGCUCUUGCUGUAAACAAAGUUCCGUCCUCAAUUGGCAGGACUGUGAGGUGCCGAGCCCCCAGCCCCACAGCCCGGAGCCCUCAUCGCAGUGUGCAGCGGCCCAGCUGUACCCUCUGCCCCAGCAGACCCCCAUCCCCCUGCCCCGCUCCACAGGACCCAACACUGGACCCCCGGCUCAGUGAGGCUGCUGAGGGCACAGGGUAGAGGCCUCCUGCCCCGAGUGGCCUGUGGGGUGACCUUGUGGGGUAGCUGGAGGUGCUCUUGCAGGAGUUCGGUGGAGCCUGAGACUUGGCUGGGGGUGGUGGGGGGACCCCUCAGGAGAGGGUUUUUCCUUUGAGGAGAGCUCAGCUUCCUGCAUUCUGUACCUCACACGGUCUCAGCUGGAGCAGCGGGGGCCCAGUGGCCCCUGAAGGUGGACAGAGCUUGUCCCCUCCCUGCACCACCUGGGCUGCCUCGCCUGCCUGAAGGUGGUGCCCGGCGUCUCCCAAGGUCUGCAGGGGCAAGACCCGGGCCAGGUGAGGGGUGGGCGGGCCCGGGGAAGGGGCUGAGCCGGACACCACGUCUUGCCUCAGUGGACGCUCUUCCAGCCCCUCUUCUCUUUUCUAUUAAACACUUGCUUGUUUUGUUGCGGUUUGGUCCAGUUUGCAUCUGCAAGGGUGAACCCCAAGUGCAGGAGGCAGGAGAGGGCCUGGUCCAGCCCUGGGGCCUGGGUCUGAAGAUCUGGAUUUGGAAGGGAUGAAGCCUUAGUCUGCGGGCCUGGAAAUGGUGUUUGAGGGAGUGAGUUUCUUCCAGACCUGCCCGAAAUCUCAGCGAGACGGAUGUGGCCGAGGGUGUCAGGCUGACCGUUCUCAAGCCUCCUGGCCACCCUCCCGGCUCCCUCAGGCUGUCCAGGACAGCUGCCCGCAGGAACAGAGCGGAGGUAUUCAAAGGCGCAGGCCCUGACACAGGACCUGGCCACCUGCCCUUGCCCCCGGCCGGUAUCUGGGAUGGAGAAGGGCCGGGGUGCCAGGGCGGGGCAGGUGAGCAGGGUGGAGGAAGCCAGGCGGAGGCGGGGAUGUUAAUUACAGUACAACUUUAUUAAUA